AUGCGCAGCUCCGUCAGAGACCAGGGACAAGCGGACAAGCGUGGCAUCUUCGGCGAGCCCGGCGGCCUCUUGACUCCUCAUCUCCACCACGACUUGCAUCACGACCUGCACCAUAACUUCCACCACGACCUGCACCACGAUUUCCACCACGACUUGCACCACGAUUUUCAUCAUGACUUACAUCACCACGACCUACACCACCACGGGCACUUGCACGCUCCCAUCAUUCACGACCACUUCGACCAUGCUCACAUCCACACCCCAAUCAUACACGAGCCCCUGCUUCCUAGCACCACCAUCAUUAAGUCUUCAAGGCUGAUCCACCCAGUGAAGCAUAUAAUCAAACACUAUAAUUACGGUGGAUGGUAG